GAGUGAGACCUCUCUGCUGCACCUGUUCAGGUAAGCCUGCCCGACAGCAACCACGUGACGGUGCUGUCCAUCCUCGCAAAUUUGAGGAAAUCGGCAAAUUAUCCCCUUCGCUCCAGGAAACAACCAGAUUUCUUCUCUAGUCCAGUCGAUUGUGCAGCUAUGGAUAAAUUAAAAUCGGUUUUAAGCGGCGAGGAGUCCCGCAGAGAUGACCGAACCAUUUUAGAGACGGUAAAUGAAGCCUCUACUUUAGGCUGGGGCACACGUGUGAAGGGAUUCAUCGCCUGCUUUGUGGUGGGGGCCGCAUGCACAAUUUUGGGAGUGUGUGUGCUCUUCAUCCCCAAGAUUGGCCUGACUCUCUUCAUUGUGUUUUACACUUUCGGAAACAUCUGUGCUCUGUGCAGCACCAUGUUUCUGAUGGGGCCAGUGAAGCAGUUGAAAAGGAUGUGUGACAAGACAAGAGCUCUGGCCACCACAAUUAUGAUUACGUGCCUUGUGCUGACUCUCUGCGCAGCCUUCUGGUGGAAGAACUUUGGACUCGCUUUGUUAUUUUGCAUCUUGCAAGUGUUGUCGUUCUCCUGGUACAGUCUGUCGUACAUCCCCUUUGUGAGAGAUGCAAUAAUGCGGCUGGUGGCGGUCUUCAUCUGAGGCCUCGUCUUUGGUUGUAUGGAGGCUCCUGGCUGGAAGUAGUUUUUAGAAAGGGGCAGGUCUCUUCCUGAAGUUACUGAAACGGCCUCCUCGUGGUUCUGCUUCGGAGGGCCUGUGACUCCCGCUGCACAUACAUGCAUUAUGUUUUUAUCUCCGAAGAUGUUGCUUUUUCUUCUUUGUGCUCAUUUAUUAAGCUGAUUGAUGUUUGGUAUGUAUUGAUUACUUUUACCAAUUUUUAAAUGAGCAUGUGCUUUGUAAUAUGUGUAAAUAUUUGUAAUAAAUGACUGUGUUAAUGGUUUUGUAAAUGAA